AGUAUUAUACAGCAGUUCAACAGAGGUGCAGAUUUAUAGCAAGCAGCUUGUACAUGUAUUGCCAAUUAUUUUCCAGUCUUAGCGUUGAUCCCGCACUUAAGGAAUUUUUAGACACAAGUUUUUCGCUAUUAUAUAGGUUUUGCAUAUGAAAUCGAUUUACAACGGCGACGACUAGGUAUUUUGUUCAAAAACUGAGCUAUUUCAUUGUAAGGUAUCGAUGCCUACACAAACUUAAGUGCAUAAUGUAUAUUUUCGGUAAUUUCCAGCACUGUUUUAAACAGAAGCUGUUAAUGCCGCUCAAUAUUUUGUUUAUUGUGGAUGAAACGAUUUAAAACGUAUACAAACCCACAAUGGAAGUGGAAAAUAACAACAACACAAUAGUACCUGCUGUAAAGCGCUCAGCAACUGCCGAUGUUGAAGAUGGCGCACAAAAUACCAAAAGACUGAAGCACAAUGCAACCGACUCCAGCGGCGAGGUGCACGUGCCUGAGGACAACAGCAAACAAGAGGAGUGUUCUCAACGAGCGCCCGCCCAGAGUCCGAAGAAGCGACUUCAGCUGGAUAGUACAAAUGUUGGCAACACUGGUCCAGACAAGCCCAGACACAACAAGAAUGAGACAUUCAUGUAUGGCAACUACAGGCACUAUUAUGGAAAGCGCAUACUGGACAAGGAUUUCCACGAUAUACGCUUGGAUGUGCUGGCAACACAGACAGAGCUAUUUCGCGGCAAACAGUUGCUGGACAUAGGCUGUAAUUCUGGGCACCUUUCCAUUGAGAUUGCGAAGAAAUUUGGGGCCAGGAGUCUUGUUGGCCUGGACAUUGAUCGCAAUUUGGCGCAUAGCGCACAAAUGGUCAUAAAUGCACUCAAACGUUCCAGCGUGACUCCUAUAACCCCUAGCAUCUUUCCAUACAAUGUGAAAUUCGUGCAUGGCAAUUAUGUGCUGGACGACGAUGUGCUGCUCGAGAUUGAGCGUCCACAAUAUGAUGUGAUCCUCUGUCUGUCCGUCACCAAAUGGAUACAUCUCAACUUCUGUGAUGCUGGCCUAAAGCAGGCAUUCAGGCGCAUGUUUCUCCAACUGCGACGCGGCGGCAAGCUAAUCCUGGAACCACAAUCAUUUGAUACGUAUAAGCGUCGCAAGAAGCUUUCGGAAAGCAUACGUGAAAAUUACAAUGCCAUCAAAUUUCAACCAGAUCAUUUCACGGCCUACUUGCUCAGCCCAGAAGUGGGAUUUGCCAGCAUGGAACUCAUGGGCGUGCCGGAGCACUGCAAAGCGGGCUUCAAGCGACCAAUACAGAUCUUUAGCAAAGUUUAGAGCUCAACGGUGUUU